AUGUUCAGACGCACUGCUUCCACCCAUUUGAUGAGACCAGCCAACAGAAUGUUUGUCAGAAUGGGAUCCACAUACAAAGACAUUCACAAGAUCACCAGUUUGGCAGAAUAUGAAAAGCUGAUCAGUAGGGAUGAAGGAAAACUGUCUGUUAUAGAUUUCUAUGCAACUUGGUGUGGUCCAUGUAAAGCAAUGGCUCCACAUCUCUCUAAAUUUGUUAAAGAGUACUCCAAAGUCAAUUUCUACAAGAUCGAUGUCGAUGAGAAUGUCGAUAUUGCACAGAAGUGCGCUGUCACAGCCAUGCCUACUUUUUUUCUGGUUAAGGAUGGGGAAGUUCUUGAUAAGGUUGUGGGGGCUGAUCCGCACAAACUCGAGGAACAGAUUAAGGAGUUGAACUGA